AUGCGGGCUUCCAAGGACCGAGCCCGUUCCCUGUAUACCGCGUCGCCGGCGCCGAGUGGUUCCUCGACACCUGGUCCUGGACCACCGCCCAAUUCUACCGGUUUCCCGCCACCGCCGAACAACUCGGGGCCCCCUUACAACGGACCCGGGCCCAGCCCGUUCGGCUCGCCGUCCGGUGGCGCACCGCAGUUCGUCGGGCGACCGGGAUCAUCGGGACCACCGUUCGUACCACCGGGUGCUGGUAACCCGCACUUCCCUUCGCACGGGCAGCCUUUCGGUGGGCCGCAGUAUGGUAUACCACCGAGCAGUCCGUUCGGCCCAGGAGGACAUCCUAUGGCAGGACCUAUGGGACCUGGACACCCGGCGAUGAUCGGACCUGGCGGCCCGGUCGACAGGCUGGAUCAGGGGUGA